GGCCGGAAGUGACGUUGCCGGGCCGGGACUGCUUAUAGACAGUAUUCACAGAUUGAUGUCUCUACAGAGGUGAUUAAGCUGCAAAUAUGUCUUCUGCCUGCCCACCUCAAUCACCUGCUGUUGCAAAAACAGAGAUUUCCUUGGACAAAGGAUCACCAUUGUUAGCUGCUACUUUUGCUUACUGGGACAACAUUCUUGGCCCGAGAGUGAGACACAUUUGGGCUCCAAAAAGUGAACAAUUGCUGCUAAGUGAUGGAGAAAUAACAUUUUUGGCAAACCACACCUUAAAUGGAGAGAUUCUUCGGAGUGCCAAAAGUGGGGCUAUCGAUGUCAAAUUUUUUGUCCUUUCGGAGAAAGGGGUUAUCAUAAUCUCAUUGAUAUUUGAUGGUAACAUGAAUGGUGACCGUAGUACUUACGCUCUGUCAGUGAUUCUGCCCCAAACUGAACUGAGUUUCUACCUACCUCUGCACAGAUUGUGUGUGGACAGACUAACACACAUUAUUAGAAAAGGAAGGAUAUGGAUGUAUAAGGGGCAGAGCAUUAUUUCCUUCUUGACAACAGAAAUCACACCUGUCAUGGAAUUAUUUUCAUCUAUGAAAACACAUGGGGUUCUAGAAGAAGUUCAAAUUAAGGAUACCCUUUUGAAUGAUGAUGACAUUGGUGACAGCUGUCGUGAAGAUUUUCUGCAUAAGGCCAUUAGUUCUCACCUGCAGACAUGUGGGUGUUCUGUCGUUGUAGGAAGCAAUCCAGAAAAAGUAAACAAGAUGGUUCGCACUCUGUGCCUUUUCUUGACUCCAACUGAACGAAAAUGCUCACGACUUGCCAAUGCCAGUGAUUCUUUAAAAUAUGAUUCAGGUCUCUUUGUUCAGGGCCUUUUAAAGGAUGCUACUGGUAGCUUUGUGCUGCCUUUCCGUCAGAUAAUGUAUGCUCCAUAUCCAACCACACACAUUGAUGUUGAUGUGAAUACAGUGAAGCAGAUGGCCCCAUGUCAUGAACACAUUUAUAACCAGCAGAGUUACAUGAGCCAGGAACUUUACAAACUUCAGAAGACUGCAUCAGAAGAAGACAUGAUUCCUGAUACUGUAAUUCAUAUGGAUGAAAGUUUUACCCCUGAUCUGAAUAUUUUCCAGGAUGUGAUGCAUCGAGACACCUUGGUGAAAUCAUUUUUAGAUCAGGUUUUUCAGCUCAAAUCUGGUUUGGCCCUCAGGAGCAUUUUCCUAGCACAGUUUCUCCUCAUCCUUCACAGAAAAGCCCAAACUGUGAUAAAAUACAUAGAAGAUGAAACCCAGAAGGGAAAGAAGCCUUUCAAAUCCUUACGCAAUCUGAAGACUGACCUUGACCUUACAGUGGAAGUUUCAGGAAAGGGCAUUGGUACUACAGCAGUCUGGUGUAAAGGACCUAUUUUUAAUUUUCUUGGACUGUGGCUUUAAAAACUACCAUGGCUGCAGUUGAAAGACAUGUUCAUUGGAAUAGGAUGAGGAAUAUCUACAAUGUUGCUGUUCUGGAACAGAGUGUGCCAUAAAAGAACAGGAUGGUGCCAGAAAGGAGCCCUGGACUAAGGGGAAAUGCCUGACGACAGCAUUUUAAUUGGCUCCUGACUAGGUGACCAAGGUUUUGUGUGAUAACAGUGUAGGCAGUACAGCUCCUAGCCUGCAUAGAGGGAAGACCUAAAACCUCCUUCUCCUGUGUUUGUAAGAUUCCAGUAAUUCUGCCUCAGUAGCUAGCUGGCUGUUCCUCACAUCUCUGUAACCUGCUUUCUCUGAAAACCCCUGUCAAGAGGAAAAGGGGAAAAAAUCACCAGUAGAGACAUUAAAAAGCAAGUUUUUCAACCAGUGAAUCACAGGCUGAAAGUCCUGGGAGACCACCUUGUGUCACCAACAACAAACUGUGAGGAAUUUGGAAGAUAUCAAUCAAAAUCAACCCAUCUAUUCCUGUACCCAAAAUUGAUGCUAUUGAACUGUUUUAUUUCACCCUUAAAAUCCACGUUUUGUAUGCCUUAUGUGGCUGUGUG